AUGUCAAUGCUUACAUCUUUGCAACAAAGUAUUCACAAAGCUUAUGUGAAGACUGUUGAGAAGGUUACACCAACACUCGCAACCUCAAAGUUCUUGGACGAAGGUGUUCUCACUCCAGAGGAGUUUGUUCAAGCUGGUGACCUCCUAGCUCACAAGUGUCCAACAUGGACCUGGGAGUCUGGUGAUCCUUCAAGAAACGUAGCAUACCUCCCAAAGGACAAGCAGUUCCUUUUGACGAGGAAUGUGCCUUGCUACUCACGUGUUAGAUCACUGGAGAAUGAAUCAAAGGCUUCAAAGUCUGAUAUAUUUACGAUUGAGGGCGCAGGUGACAAUGAGGAGUGGGUCGCUCCACACUCAGGGCCAGUCUCUGAGGCCAUCGAGCAGGAGGUCCUCCAGAAGGAUAUGUCUGCACUAAAGAUACAACCAGCAGCUCCAAAGCCACAACAACAGCAGCAGCAGCAGGAUGACGAUGAAGACGAGGAUGAGGAUGGAGAUAUCCCAGAUAUACACACAGUAGUGGUAGUAGCAGUAGCAGUAGCAAUAGCAAUAACAUACACAAGCAACAGGCCUCUUCUUCUUCCUCUCCAUCUCCAUCUCCAUCUCCACUCCUCCCUCCUCUCCUUCUCUUAUUCCAUUCUCUCUUCUCUCUAUCCCUAUACUCUAUCAAUCAACAGACGUCGGCAACAGCAACAUGAAUGGACACAUUAUCAACAACAUUCAUAUCUGUAC